AUGACUGUUGACUCUAACACUAACUACGGUUUCGGUACCAAGGCUAUUCACGCAGGCGCUCCUAUUGACCCUAACACCGGUGCCGUGAUUGAGCCCAUCUCCCUCAGUACCACUUUCGCUCAGCUGGAGCCUCUGAAGCCUAUUGGAAUCUACGAUUACUCGAGAUCGGGUAACCCAAACAGAGACAACUUCGAGGCUGCUAUUGCCUCCUUGGAGAAGGCUAAGCACGCUGUAGCUCUUGCUUCGGGUUCGGCUACCACUGCCUUGAUCCUCCAGUCGUUGCCAAUUGGCUCCCACGUUAUCUCUGGUGGUGAUGUCUAUGGCGGUACUCACCGUUACUUUACCAAAGUGGCUGACACUCACGGGGUUCAAAUUGAAUUUGUCCACGAUUUGCAGAAGGACUUGCAAGCUGCUUUAAAGGAAAACACCAGUCUUGUGUGGCUUGAGACUCCUUCCAACCCUACCUUGUCCAUCACCGACAUCUCUGCUGUGGCUGAAAUCUUGAAGGAGCACAACUCAAAGAACAACAAGCAAGUGCUUUUGGUUGUCGACAACACAUUCUUGUCUCCUUACGUUUCCAACCCAUUGGUGCAUGGUGCUGACGUUGUGGUGCACUCCAUCACCAAGUACAUCAAUGGUCACUCUGACGUUGUGGGCGGUGUGUUGGCCACCAACAAUGACCAAUUGCACGAAAAGUACCGUUUCUUACAAAACGCCAUUGGCUCUGUGCCAGCACCUUUCGACUCGUGGUUGGCUCACAGAGGUCUCAAGACAUUGCACUUGAGAGUUAGACAAGCCUCGUACUCUGCUCAGAAGAUUGCAGAGUAUUUGUCCCAGCAUGAAUCUGUGAUUUCUGUCAACUACCCUGGUCUCAAAUCUCACCCAAGACACUCUGUUGUGCUCCAGCAGCACCGUGACGGCCUCGGUGGUGGUAUGAUCUCUUUUAGAAUCGCCGGCGGUGCCAAGGGUGCCUCCGUGUUCACGUCGUCUACUAAGCUCUUCACCUUGGCUGAGUCUCUUGGUGGCAUUGAGUCCUUGAUUGAAGUUCCUGCUGUGAUGACCCAUGGUGGCAUUCCAAAGGCCCAGAGAGAAGAGGCCGGCGUGUACGACGACUUGAUCAGAGUCUCCGUUGGUAUUGAGGAGACCGAAGACUUGUUGGCUGACAUUGAGCAGGCUUUGGCCAGGGUGAAGGCUUAG